CCGUUACCCUUUGACGCAUGACGCAGUGGCUAACAUGUCUGCUAGUGAAGUGUGCGUUCAAAGAGCUAGCCAAAAUGUCUUAAUAUUGAAAUUAUAGGUCAGAAACUUAUUGUGUUUGUAUCUCCAACGGGAGGAAAUUCAUGUUACAGUCAUUAAUGCGUGAGAAGUGAAGAAACAUGACGUCUAUUAUCAAGCUGACAGCGGUGUCAGGGGUUCAGGAGGAGUCGGCUCUCUGUUACCUGCUACAGGUGGAUGAAUUCCGCUUCCUCCUGGACUGUGGAUGGGAUGAAAACUUCUCUAUGGACAUCAUUGAUGCCAUGAAACGGUAUGUUCAUCAGGUCGAUGCUGUGCUCCUCUCCCACCCUGACCCCAUACACCUGGGAGCCCUACCAUAUGCUGUGGGGAAACUGGGUCUUAACUGUACUAUAUAUGCUACAAUCCCUGUCUAUAAGAUGGGUCAGAUGUUCAUGUAUGAUCUGUAUCAGUCUCGAAAUAACAGUGAAGAUUUCACACUCUUCACACUGGAUGAUGUGGACUCUGCUUUUGAUAAAAUCCAGCAGCUGAAAUACUCACAGAUUGUCAAUCUGAAAGGUAAAGGGCAUGGUCUGUCCAUCAUGCCUCUUCCAGCUGGUCAUAUGAUAGGUGGUACUAUUUGGAAAAUUGUAAAAGAUGGGGAGGAGGAGAUUGUGUAUGCUGUGGACUUCAACCACAAGAGAGAGAUUCACCUCAAUGGCUGCACAUUAGAGAGCAUCAGUCGUCCUUCCUUACUAAUCACAGACUCCUUCAACGCCACAUAUGUGCAGCCACGUCGUAAACAAAGAGAUGAGAUGCUGCUGACCAAUGUUAUGGAGACCCUGCGAGGUGACGGUAAUGUCCUUAUUGCUGUGGAUACAGCUGGACGUGUUCUGGAGCUGGCUCAGCUGCUGGACCAGAUUUGGAGGACAAAAGAUGCUGGGCUGGGAGUUUACCCUCUCGCUCUGCUCAACAACGUCAGCUAUAAUGUGGUGGAGUUCUCAAAGUCACAGGUGGAGUGGAUGAGUGAUAAGCUCAUGAGGUGUUUUGAAGACAAGAGAAACAACCCUUUCCAGUUCCGUCACUUGACACUCUGUCACAGUCUGGCAGAUUUGGCCCGGGUUCCAAGUCCUAAAGUGGUGCUCUGCAGCCAGCCUGACCUGGAGUCUGGCUUUUCCAGAGAACUUUUCAUCCAGUGGUGUCAAGAUGUCAAAAACUCUGUCAUUCUCACUUACCGCACUACACCAGGAACCCUCGCCCGCUACCUCAUCGACAACCCAGGGGAGAAGAUGCUGGAUCUGGAGGUGAGGAAAAGAGUGAAGCUGGAAGGCAAGGAGCUGGAAGAAUACCUUGAAAAAGAUAAAAUAAAGAAAGAGGCAGCUAAAAAGCUGGAACAAGCAAAAGAGGUGGAUGUAGACUCCAGUGAUGAGAGCGACAUGGAUGAUGAUCUAGAUCAACCGGCAGCUGUGAAAACCAAACAUCACGACCUGAUGAUGAAGGCCGAAGGGAGCCGCAAGGGCAGCUUCUUCAAACAAGCUAAAAAGUCAUAUCCAAUGUUCCCAGCACAUGAAGAGAGAAUCAAAUGGGAUGAGUACGGGGAAAUCAUCAGACUAGAGGAUUUUCUGGUACCUGAACUUCAAGCCACAGAAGAGGAGAAAAGCAAACUGGAAUCUGGGUUGACCAAUGGUGAUGAGCCCAUGGACCAGGAUCUCUCUGUUGUACCGACUAAAUGUGUCUCCAGCAUGGAAAAUCUGGAAAUAAGAGCGAGGGUGUCGUACAUCGACUAUGAAGGUCGCUCUGAUGGCGACUCCAUCAAGAAGAUCAUUAAUCAGAUGAAGCCCAGACAGCUGGUGAUCGUUCAUGGGCCACCAGAAGCCAGCCUGGACCUCGCUGAGUCCUGCAGGGCUUUCAGCAAGGACAUCAAAGUUUACACGCCCAAACUGCAGGAGACUGUGGAUGCCACCAGUGAAACACACAUCUACCAGGUGCGAUUGAAAGACUCGCUGGUGAGCUCACUGCAGUUUUGCAAGGCCAAAGACACUGAGCUGGCCUGGAUCGACGGCGUGCUGGACAUGCGGGUGGCAAAGGUGGACAUGGGCGUGUUGCUAGAGGAAGGGGCCAAAGAGGAGGCAGAGGAAGUGGAAACAGCCAUGGAGGUGACACCGGAUCUCAGCCUUGACCACAGUGCUGCAGCAGCGGCUGCAGCACAGCGGGCUAUGAAGAAUCUGUUCGGGGAGGAUGAGAAGGAGGUGUCUGAGGAGAAUGAUGUCAUUCCCACGCUGGAGCCUUUGCCACCACAUGAGAUUCCAGGCCAUCAGUCGGUGUUCAUCAACGAGCCGCGCCUGUCUGACUUCAAGCAAGUCCUGCUGAGAGAGGGCAUCCAGGCCGAGUUCGUAGGAGGAGUGCUGGUGUGCAACAACAUGGUGGCCGUCCGCAGGACGGAGGCCGGACGCAUUGGCCUGGAAGGCUGCCUGUGUGACGACUACUAUAAGAUCCGGGAGCUGCUGUAUCAGCAGUACGCCGUGGUAUAACAGCAGCAGCAGCCGCAGCAGGAGGAGGAGGAGGAGGAGGACACGCCGCAGAGAGCAAACCACGGCAGUACAGAGACAAUCCUCACAGAGGACUCUACUGAGAGAAGGAGACUGAAAGACACUCUCAUUGGUGGCUCCAGCCAUUUCACUGUAAACUUUUUUGUACAUUUUCCUUUUAUAGUUUUGUUCCAAGUAACUUUUUUUAUUGUUGGUUUGCAUCAAUAAUGUGAGAGGCAGAUGGGUUACCUCUCAUGUUCGAAAGAUCAGGCUCAUGGGGUUUAUUUCUCCUAAAACUCCUCAUCUUGUACAGGGACAUCCUAAAUGAUGCAAUUCCUCUCCAAUUCUCUCAUUAAAACAUUUUUUUCAA